AUGGUAGAAGAAGACCAUGAAGGCGCUUCAUGGUGUGAAGAGACUAAGUAUCAAAUCAAUCUGAAAAAAGAAGAUACCCACAACGAUGAAACAUGGCAUGGAAAAGUCAUAGAAGAAACGUGGGUUGAUAAGGCUGAUUCUGAAAUUAGUUAUAACGACGAACUAGAGUGUGAAAAAAUUUCCAGCCAACACUCCUGGGAAUAUGAAGACAUGAACGUGGCUGAGACUUGGGAAGAAGAUGAGCCAGAACGUGGUGACAUGGAAACAACGCCAGCAGAGCAAACUUCAUACGAUUACACCAAUCAAGCCGACUCAUGGGAACAUUCAACGGAUAGUGAAGGAGAGUCUGAAUCACAUCACAUCUGUUUUUCAGGUCAUAGCCAAGGACCAGAAGCAUACUUAAGAUGGGAGAGAGACAUGGAUAAUUGGUUCCAGUCUAACCAAGUCCCCGAGGAAGAGAAGACAUCUUAUGCUGAAGACACUCUCACCGAGGAUGCUUUUAGGCAUUGGGAACAAGAUGCUUAUGCUCGUCUUGAGUAUGUUGUACCAGAAUCUUCUUGGAAAGAGAUGAAGCAACUGCUGCAAAAGGAGUUCAUGGAGGAUGCUGCAACCAAUCAACAAUAUUACUCAAAGAUUUAUACAAAUCCCGAACGAAGAAGGUGGAUUCUAGCAACAACGUCGAGUCCAAAAGCGAAGCCUAAGAAAGCUUACUGUCCCAAGCAAAAGAAAGUGUCUCCACACGUUUUAAAGGAAAACCCAGAGGCUAAGGAGCCAGCUGUGGUCAAGAGUGUCCUAGAAGAUCGAACUCAACAAAAGCUAAUAAGAGAUUUCGCAAAGAAGACUACUUUGCUGCCAAAUGACGUCAACAAACAGUCUUGGAGAGGAGUGAUUGCUUCCUUGCUGAUCAAGGAAAAACCUCCAGAUGCACAACACCGACCCCACCCGAGCAAUCCCCAAGUUCUUAACCGAGGUAAUAAAGUUUUGAGGAUAAAACUUCUUCAAGAGGGAGGGUAUGAUGCGGUCAUCAAACCAGCAGCUGCACCAAAGUUCAAUCAAACCGGAUGCACAAUGCUAAACAAACCCGAGAAAGACAUAUGUUUACUGUUUGAAGCCUACCAGCUCAACCACGAUGAUUCCCAGUUGGAGAAUAUUCUCAACUCAAUUAAAAGUGUCAUCAAAGAAGAAUCAGAUCAAAAGGAGUAA